AUGCACCACCAGGUGGCCCACCCGCACUGGAUCGCCGCGGCCGUGCAGCCCUGGGGCUUGCCCCAACAGCUGGCCCCGUCGCAGAACAUGUUGGCCCUGGCCGCGAUGGCGCCUACCGCGAUGGCCCCGGCCACACCGGGCGCUGCGCCCAUCGCUUUCAUCGGGUUGCAUCCGCGCCACCCGCAUCACCCACACCCACACCAUCCGCACCACCCACAUCACCCUCACCACCACCCGCAUCAUCUAAACGCGAUGCCGGCGCAACCGCUGCAACCGUCGCCGCCGCCUCAGCAUCCGAACCACAUGGCAGGCCAUCACUCGGCCACUAAGGCCGCUGCCGCCGCGUUGGCCCUUCUCAAUCAGCUGCACCACAACCAUCACCAGCAACAACAGCAACAGCAACACGAUCUCGCGCACUUGUUGCUUCAACAGCAACAGCACCAGCAGCAUCAGCAGCUCCAGCACCAGCAACAGCUCACGCCACUGCCAUAG